AUGGAUGCCUUCGAGAGAACCAUCGCUGCCCUGCAGUUACCGGAUCUUGAACCUAUUACAUUCAAAUACUCUCAUGAUAGCUCCAACGAUCCCUCCCUCGCUCACGACGCUGGUAAACCCGAAGAUAUUCACGGUGGUGGUGAGGGAAAUCUCCGGGACUUCAUUUGGAACUCGCAUUCAUGCAUUCCAAGUCGAUCUGAGGAUGUGGAGUCAACCGAUUCGUUAACACCCAUUGACCACAUUGUCGUUGUCCUUCGAGAUGAUGUGGACGCCCGCCGUUUACCCCGAGUCCCGCCUCCGGAAUUCCGCGUCAUGUACGUUCCAGACCCCCGAGUCUCGUUUGUGAUGGUCUUCUCGGAGGCGGAGUUCCAGCUAUGGAAGUUGACGCCUGACUUCCCCACACUCUACCCGUAUGAAUCCUCCGGGACCGACUUCAGCGGAGAGAGGGAGGACCUGAAGAAGGCGGAGGAUGAAAGGAAAAAGCAGGAUGUUCUGAACGCUUUUGAUGUUAAGGAUACACCUACCAGCCUUCCUGAUCUCGACAUACCUGUGAAUACUCCCCUUCAAACUGCGACUCAGCGCGCCUUUGAGAUUUUUCGACGAAUUACUUUGCAGCAAGUUUUGCGACAAACGGGAUUCGAAGAUGGAAUUGGAAAUGGAAAUGAGAAUGGACUUGUUCAAGAUCAUACGGGCGAUAAGAUCAAGGGUGCUGCGCGCGACAGUAUCACUACAGAGGGCGAUACAAACGCAAACAAUCCUGUCGGUGAAGAGAGUGCGAGUGCUGCUGAUCUUCCCCUUUGUCAAUGGCAGGUCUGA